AUGGAGGACCGCAAAUGGAGGACUGCGAGAGGCAGGCUGGCUGGCGUGCGCGACCCGAAUGAAUGUCAAACUUCGGGUCAAUCGUGUUGCCGCGACGAUCUUGUCUCGGCGUUUGGCGACAACCACAACCUUGUGACUGUUGGCCCGGCGAUCCACGCGGUGCCCGACAUAAAUACACAACCUGCUUGUUCUCUCCUCUCAAGUAUCCUCUGGCGCCUUUAUCGUCUUCUGCUUCUAUCUCUACUCGACUGGAUUUUCUAUCUCAUCAUGGAUUCCGGAACAUAUCGCUUCGCUGUCCUCUUCAUGACAAUCUUCAUGUUCGGGGCGGCAUUCGCAUCAUUCCAACUCGCGUCUGACGUCGGGCGCAAUGGCGAUAUGCAUUCUUGUUUUAUGUAUAUCUCCUGCGGCUUUACUUGCAUCUACUUUUUCGUCGGUCUGCUCUCAAUUCAUGUUCAGCUCGAGAUGGAUCCCUCUGCUAUGGACCAUUUGGAUCGAAAUGGCCCCAAUGGGCCUCCUGGUCCGGGUCCCAACCCCGGGGGACGAGCACAACCACCCAAUGGCCAUUCCUCGCAACCUCCACGCCGCGGCCCUGGGCGUGGAGGGUCCUGGACAUCCUCACGUUCCUCCGAAUCUACCCUUCUCUCCAGUUCUGGUCGAUACAGUCGUUCACUCUUGCUCAUGAUCGUGCUAAUCGCAAUCAUGUAUUUCCAGUUUGUUUCAUCCCGUGGUAAUGAAUACUUCUGCGAGAUUGACGAGGACUACUUGACCGAUCGUUUUAACCUCACCGGCUUGAAUACCGAGGUUUCGUACUACCAGUACGCUCUUGAUCUUGUGACCGACGUUUUCGAUCUUGAUGCAGACGACGAUCUGCGUGAGCAAAUCGAGAAGUCUGCCCGUCACCUCUAUGGCUUGGUUCAUGCCCGGUACAUUGUUACGACUCGUGGUCUUGCCAAAAUGCUUGAAAAAUACAAGAAGAGUGACUUUGGAAAAUGCCCCCGUGUGAUGUGUGAUGGACAUGCGCUGCUUCCUCUCGGCGAGUCUGAUCUUCCGAAUAUCAGCACCGUCAAGCUGUACUGCCCCAAGUGUGAGGACAUCUACAACCCCAAGUCAUCACGUCACUCGUCCAUCGAUGGUGCAUACUUCGGUACCUCAUUCCACUCUAUCCUUUUCCAGGUCUAUCCGGCCCUGAAUCCCGAGAAGAGCAGUCGUCGUUACGAACCCCGGAUCUACGGUUUCAAGGUGCACGCCGCAGCUGCACUUGCUCGUUUCCAGGAUAACCAGCGUGAGGAUCUCAAGUGGCGUCUUGCCGAGGUUGAUAUCAACCACAGGUUCAUCGAGGAUAGCGAAAGCGACGACGAUGCGUUCGAGUAUGAUGAAGAUUAUGCCGAAGGUCGCGCGGAGCCAGCCACAAACGACAAGCUCCUCGGUGACGCAGCUUCCGCUCGCAUGAACGUCGCCAAGUAA